UUUGUGGCCGGAGCCGUCAUCAUUGCGUCGGAGUGGAGUUGCCGUGGCAGCCCUGACGGGGCGCAGGAGGAGGGUGCCGAUGGAGAAGGACUGGCAGAUGGGGCAGACCGUGGAUUGGACGGCGACCCUGAGGGAGUGUGGAGUCCAGACAUCGAGCAGAGCUUUCAGGAAGCUCUGGCCAUCUACCCUCCCUGCGGCAGGAGGAAGAUCAUACUGUCAGAUGAGGGAAAGAUGUAUGGUCGAAAUGAGCUAAUCGCUCGUUAUAUUAAGCUACGAACAGGGAAGACACGCACGCGCAAACAGGUGUCUAGUCACAUUCAGGUUCUGGCACGCAAGAGGGUACGAGAAUACCAGGCGAGCAUCAAGGUCUCUAGUCACCUGCAAGUCUUGGCCAAGAGAAAGUCUCGCGAGAUUCAGUCUAAGCUGAAGGCCAUGAACUUGGACCAGGUAUCCAAAGACAAGGCUCUGCAGACAGUAGCCAACCUCUCAUCAGCUCAGAUUGUGUCUGCGAGUGUAAUGAAACCCCAGACUCCCUUCCCUCCACCAGUCAGAUUUUGGCCCGGCCCUAUGCCAGGACAGCCUGGACAUUCUCAGGACAUUAAGCCCUUUGCACAGCCGCCAUACACUACACUACCAGCCCCUGCUCCAAUCAGUUAUGAGCCCCUACCGCCCCAUCGCCCUGCAGCUAUAGCAGCGCCUGUAUGGCAAGACAGAACCAUCGCCUCUGCAAAACUACGGCUACUGGAGUUCUCUGCUUUUAUGGAGACACAGAGAGACAGAGAGGCGUAUAAACACCUUUUCGUGCACAUUGGCCCAUCGAACCCGAGCUACAAUGACCCUGUUUUGGAGUCCAUAGAUGUGAGGCAGAUUUAUGACAAGUUCUCUGAGAAGAAGGGCGGUCUAAAGGAGCUGUAUGAAAAAGGGCCGCACAAUGCGUUCUUCCUCGUCAAGUUCUGGGCGGACCUGAGCAGUGACAUUGAGGAGGGUUCUAGUGCCUUCUACGGUGUGAGCAGUCAGUACAGUGGAACAGAAAACAUCACUAUCAGCGUCUCGACAAAGGUCUGCUCCUUUGGUAAACAGGUGGUGGAGAAGGUUGAGACGGAAUAUGCACAUCUAGAAGGAGGAAAGUACGUGUUCCGCAUCCAUCGGUCGCCCAUGUGUGAAUACAUGAUCAACUUCAUCCAUAAACUCAAACACCUGCCGGAGAAAUACAUGAUGAACAGUGUACUGGAGAACUUCACCAUCCUACAGGUGGUGUCCAACAGAGAAACACAGGAGACUCUGCUGUGCAUCGCUUUUGUGUUUGAAGUGUCCACCAGUGAACAUGGAGCGCAGUACCAUGUUUAUAGACUAGUUAACGACUAGCAGCACAUCUCGUGCAUGCAGAGACUCUCCACAGACUUUUUAAUUACAUAGAGUAUAAACACUAUUUCCAGCUCAAACACAGAAACCCCACUCCUCUACUCUAGACGCAGACCAACAGUCCCACUGUAGUCACACCUGUUGUUCAAUGUAAAUGUAUUCCCAUCUCUCUUCAGCAUCCCAUGACUUAAAGGUCCCAUAUUGUAGCAAGUGACAUUUUCAUGAUAGUUUUUAUUAUGAAGCUGGUUCGAGUGCUGUAUAAAUACUGUGAAAGUAUCAAAGCGCUCAGGUCAUGGAGAAAUGUGCACAGCCUGUGUUCUGAAACUGCCUUAAAAUAAGCUGUCAGGACUUCUGUAACUUAAUGAUGUCACAACAACAUAAACCACUCCUCUCAGCCUUGCCCCCAGCACAGCCCACCUGGGCCAGCCAGACCUUUUAGUCGGAUUUGGACGGCUUGUUGGGUUCAUUUACAUUUUCCUGUGAGUCUAAACCAAGUGAUGGCAAUAGGCUGCAGUGACCAUCUGUGAGUCACCCAGCUGUUGGUGCUCCAGAGGGAAGUGUGAGAGAAGAGAUUUUAAACUACAUUGACGGUUUCUGAUAUAUCUUCUUAUGGAAAUCAUAACUAAAAGUAUUGUGUAAAGUAAGUAUAACAUAUGGGACCUUUCAAACAAUUGAUUUGUGGAUUUCAAAACAAUAUGUAUUCUUUAUCAUGAAGCAUUUUUAUGUUAUUCAGUGUAAUUAUUUAAUCACAGAAACCUCUGUGCACAACGUCAGGUUCAAAAUAUCACAGUUUUUAAUGAGAAAUUGAUGUCUCUGAAAACAAAAACUAAUAUGGCACUCAGUAGUGUCUACCACCGCCAAAUAAUCCUAUGUCUAGCUCUUAUAAUAUAAGAAUAAGAGAAAAUAGGAAGUAGUCUGGUAAUUUGCACCAAAAUGUAAUGAUUUCCUGGCCUGUCCUCCAUCCCUCCACCAAGUUUUGUGCAAAUUGGUUCAGUGCUUUUUGUGGACUCCUGCUAACAAAUAAACAAACACCUGGAAACACUAGAAUGGCACUCAGUAGAAUGCUGCUAAGGCUCAUUAUUCCUCUUAGAUUCAAUCAAGCCACACAGAUAUCAGUUCUCAUCAAGAUCCAUUAAUUAUUCCCUCGAAAAUCUCUGAAAAGAAAGUUUCGUGGAAAUCAGUUGAGUAGUUUGUUGCAUUAUCCUGCCGACAGACAGGGGUGAAAACAUAACCUCCUUGAUGGAGGCACAGGAAUCUGCCAGCUAUAUUAAAUCAAGUUAAGAUGGGAUAUCCUUAAAUCACAAACAAUCAGUGUGUAGCUGUGCUACACUAAAACUAAAUAGAAUUAACUUUUUUCACGCACAUGCAUUUACGUCAUGGGUGUGACAGAUGUGAGACCAGUUUGAAUAUAUAGGUUGGCAAACAAAUCAUGUAGCCAGUGUUAAUGUAAACUAUGCCACAGUGACUUUCUUCUACAGUUCAUAUCGUCUCCACAGCAGGAAAUGAUUGAGCCUAUAACGGUGCAUCUUCUAUCACUGCUUACAGUGGAGUCGUGACCUACAGUUUGUAUAAUCAAAGUAAGAGUGUGCCUCUUAGAAUAUAAUGCACUACACCAGUCGUAUUUAUAUUAAAACACAGUGUUGGAGUGUAGAGAGGGAGUUUAAAAGGUUUCCAGUGGUACUCGUGUGGAGGGGAUGGUUGUGAUCAAAUGUUAAGGAGGUGUUUUUAAAGUUCGGCUCACUUGUCUUUUAGAAAAAAUCACAAACUGUUUCAGAUUGAGUUCACGCUUGGGUGUUAGCUGCACUUUGAAUCGACCCUUACUGUUCAUUGACACGACCCAGUUGUUACUCCGACUGUGUGGGCUCGCUGCAGUAUUUCUACCUCCACGUGAGUUGGGAUGAGAAUGUGCUUUGGUUCAUAUAAAGCCUUAACCAGAGGAGCACUGAUGUAUAGGAUGUGUACACUACAUUUGUAAUGGUACUGUUUUAUAAGCCAAAACACGGUGAAUAGACUUGUUUUUGUAAAGAUGAACUGCCGUUGUUUUUUUUACCAGCACAGCUAGAAGUGUUAAACUUAACAUCAUGAUGGGUGUUUCAGUUUUUUUUCUCUUUUUUUUUUUUGAUGUAUGCAAAAUGAUGUCUGGAACACACUAAGGUUAUCUACGGUGCACUGGGGGUUUUGCCUGUUAACACUAACAAACUAUCCAGCUGACACUUGUUUGUUCUUUUUUGUUCUAUGUAAUAUUUUUGAAUUUUUGGUACAUGACUACCAGCUAUUUUUUUUUAUUUUGUUGUGAAUCUUAUUUGACACUAUCAUACCCCCUCCUGACAGGAUCAUGUUUAACCAUGUAUCAUUUGACUCUGUAUCAUGAAACUAAGAUUCAGUUUUAAGCAAGAUCGUCUAACAUUCACUGUGUGGUCGGCCAAACGUGUUUUUAUGUUUAUGAGUUUUAUUUCUUUCCUUUCUGUGUAUUUUGGUUGGCCGUGCCUCAUCACUCCUUUGGUCAAAUCUGCUCAGUGAAUGAAAUCUGUGCCUUUAUGCUGUACCAAUAAAAUCACGUGGUGUUUGCAGAACUG